UAUUAGAAUACAAAAUGUCUGAUGAAACUGAUGAUGAACUCUUUGAGAUAACAGAUUUUACUAAUGCCUCCCCGUGGGAAAGUUUUGUCUCCACCAUUGAAGACAUAUUGCAACAGUGGGGCCUCACUGCAUCCACUUAUUCAGCAGAUUCUGGUUAUUGGCCACAGCAUAGGAAGUCAGAGAAGCUCUCUUAUGUUGGACAUAAUUUCAAUGUUAGCCUCCACGUGUCUGGUGAGAAGAAACAACCGACAAUCAGAUGAGGAUUGGCCUGAUGCUAUGGUACAUAUGAUGGAUUCAUCAAGUGAUUUCCCUCCAAGAGCUCAUCAUCAUAUCUCUAGAUGGUAUGGUGUUGAUCAGUUUAUAUUGAUAUCUCCUGAUGAGAAGAGUCAUGCAAUAUCAAGUGAAGCUCAGUCCAAACUAUUACUCAGUUCAAUAUCUCUGGCUGUAGCUAACACUGGAUGUACAUUGCCUAUAUUCAUUCAGAUACAGAAGAAUUGGCGUCACAUGUUUAGCGGACAGUGUGAGGGGUGUGGUCUCCGUACGUGUUUUGAAAUGAUACAUUUGAGACAUAUUCCACCUCACUUUAGUCACCUCUCAGGACUACUGAACUUAUUCCAAUCAAAACUGACUAACAUAAGACACUGGAAUGUGGAGGAUUGGCCAGUGAAUCCACUCUCAUCUGGUGAUGGCAGUGAUUCUUUCCUUAUUCUGCCAGUGCAGGAGCAAGUUCUGAUCCUAUACAGGAGAUUCAUCUUUGUGCUGUUUGGCCUCUACUAACUGAAUUAACAGUCACUGACAAUGAAACUAAUUCGUAAGUUGAUGUGUAGUGUUGUUUACUUAAUGCAAUGCUGUUAUUUUAUAUUAAAGAGGAUUUGAUCCAUUCAGUGCACCUAAAUGGAGCAUCAGGACACAGUUACUUGAUAAUCCAGGAUUAUUACUGAAUGAGAGGUUGUGCUUAUUUUAAAGAAUUGCUACAGAUCUGAUACAUUCACUAACUUAUUAGGCAACAAAUUACUUCAAGAAGACAUAUACAAUCCUGCUGUAGGUAGCAGUGAUUUCUCUCAUGCUCUUACUAAACUGACUAGUCCGAGUAGUCUGAGUACACUCUCCUCUGUUAGGUACUCAACUAGUAAGAAGUUAGAGUUUGGAUCUGAAUUUGAGCCAAUUACUGGUUCAGAAAGAGAUGAAAUACUUGAGUGACUGUGUGUUUCCUGAAAGAAGUUGCUUGAGGGAAGUGGUAUUCCAGGAAUGCAGGCUAUGUUCACUUAAUUCUUGAGGAACAAAAUAUUGAAUAGUUUCUGAAAGGAAUGUUCUAGUACAUUUACAAGUGUUGAAUCUUUGCUAUAGUUUGUUUAUUGAUAGAAAGUUUGAAAAUUUGAAUAAACUUGUAUAAACUAAAGUGUAAA